UUAAAAAAGAAAAAGAAAAAGAAAAACCUCUUCGUGUAUGUGGAUUUUCCUGCCUCGGCUGCUUGAGAGAGAGAGAGAGAGAGAGAGACGGUGAAUAGCCAUGGGAGCCGCUGGUUCGAAACUGGAGAAGGCUCUUGGCGAGCAAUUCCCCGAAGGCGAGAGAUAUUUCGGCCUCGAGAACUUCGGCAACACCUGUUAUUGCAACAGCGUCUUGCAGGCCCUUUACUUCUGUGUUCCUUUCCAUGAACAAUUACUGGAAUAUUAUGCAAAUAACAAGAAUCCGGGAGAUGCAGAAGAGAAUCUUUUGACAUGCUUGGCAGAUCUAUUCACCCAGAUAAGUUCUCAGAAGAAGAAAACAGGUGUUAUCGCUCCAAAGCGUUUCGUGCAGAGAGUGAAGAAACAAAAUGAGAUUUUCCGUAGUUACAUGCACCAGGAUGCUCAUGAAUUUCUGAUUUUCCUGCUUAACGAGCUCGUUGACAUCCUGGAGAAAGAGCACAAUGCUGCUAAAAGUUCUCCUGAGACUUCAUCACCGCCUGAAAAGGUUCCAAAUGGGCUGCACACUGCUCAAGCGAAUGGUGGACAAAAGGAACCACUGGUUACAUGGGUCCACAAAAAUUUUCAGGGCAUACUAACCAAUGAAACAAGAUGCCUACGGUGUGAAACAGUAACAGCAAGGGAUGAAACAUUUUUGGACUUGAGUCUUGACAUUGAACAGAACAGUUCGAUCACAAGCUGUCUCAAAAACUUCAGUUCCACUGAGACUUUGAACGCUGAGGAUAAAUUCUUCUGUGACAAGUGCUGCAGUUUGCAGGAAGCCCAGAAAAGGAUGAAGAUAAAGAAGCCACCCCAUAUCCUAGUCAUCCAUCUCAAGCGCUUCAAAUACAUAGAGCAGCUCAGCCGGUACAAGAAGCUCUCCUACCGGGUGGUAUUCCCCCUGGAGCUGAAGCUGAGCAACACCAUGGAUGACGAGGACAACGAAUACUCCCUGUUUGCAGUGGUCGUCCAUGUGGGCAGCGGACCCAACCAUGGCCACUACGUCAGCCUUGUGAAGAGCCACAACCAUUGGUUGUUCUUUGAUGACGAGAAUGUGGAGAUGAUCGAUGAGUCCGCUGUGCAGACAUUUUUUGGGUCCACACAGGAAUACUCGAGCAACACAGACCAUGGGUACAUCUUGUUCUAUGAGAGCCUUGUGAGCAGGAGCUGAGGGGGGUUGGUUUUCAGGUUGGUGGGUAUCACUCCCCCCCCCCAAAUCUUUAAAAAAAAUGUGGUGUGGGAAGAGGUCUCAGUAAUUAGUGUCUGAGAUUGAGAUGCGAAAGAUCAUGAGGUGGCUGCCAUGUACAUACAGUGGAUAGUGGAGAAAAAGAAUAGCCCUUGCGUUGCUCCACAAUUAAAAAAGAAAGUGUAAAUGGUGGUAAGAAAGCUUCGUAUUCUUCACUCUGAAAAUAUCUAAUAGAAAUGCAAUUGCACCCAACAACUGCCCUCCUCUACCUGGUUUCUUGUGAUAUCUUCAAGCAUUUAUUGGUAGAGAGGGGUUCCCAUGCUAAACACUUCAUCAAUCUUGGGGUAGAUACGACAUCUGAACAUUUCAUUUGGAUCAAUGUAUUGCCUAAAACCCAAUGUUUUAAAUAUUGAUGAUAUCAGCCGAUAUAUCCCAUAAUAUAUAUCUUGUAUCCCACCCGCGCAAUCCGAAACGCACAGAUAGUGCCGAUA